AUGAGUUUAUUAGAACUUAUUUAUAGAGUAUCUGAUUGCUUCUUUAAUAGUCUUAAUCCUAUAUACAUUCAAGCAUGUGUUAAUAAAUCAUGGAAAACAUCUAUGGAAGUGGGUGUUAAAGUAGAAGCAAAAUCGCCUUUAUCGCAUGAUCGCUUCUUUGUAGCUCACGCUUAUUUGACUUUCAUCGCCCUCUCGCCUCGUCCAAAGGCUAAAUUUCAUUUGGGCCGUAUUCUUUCUGAUUUUCAGCCUAUUCCUAUCCCUCAACUUAUACCUCCCCCCCUAUGGAACACAAACAAUAUAAAAUGGCUGAAUUACAAAGACACCAACGCUUCAAAUGGAAAAAAAAAGUUAGAUUAUAAAAGGCCCAUAAACUAUACAUUUGCAGAAGCAGUUGAGGUGGUUAUGCCUCAGCAUGCAAAUACGUUAAGUAUUACAUUUGGUAGCCAAAUUAUGGCCUGGAUGGAAACAUGUGCUAUCGCAAGUGCUAAAACUUAUUUAUUGACAGCAAGCAUUGAUAGUUUAAACUUUAUUGCUAGUUCAGGUGUAGGUGAUGUAGUUACGAUACAUUCAUUGGUUUCAAGAUCGUUUAACUCUUCUAUGGGAAUCUAUGUUAGUGUAGAGUCAGAAAACUUAUUGACUGGAAAAACGAAUAGAUUUUUUACAAUAACUGCCUUAAAUGAUGACACAGCUGAAGAAAUUAGGUUGGGCCACGAAAAAAAAAAAAAAAAAAUGGGCCAUUUGAAAAUAUUUAGGACACAAAUUUUGAAAAGUUUGAAAAUAGGACACUUAUUUGGAAACAGGAUAAGAAUAUUUGCAAGAGAACCAUUUUUUCCAGUAAACUUUUACAGGUAA